AUGUCUGUCUCUUGGGCUGCAUGUGGAGUUUGCAUCAGGAGAGGCGUGGGGCUGUCAGCAGUUCGUCACGUGCUGUCCAUCCAAGCAGUCUCGAACCAGGGUCUCGAAUUGUUAGUGGACUGGGAUAUUUUAUUUGGCAGAAAUUUUGUCUAUUGCAAACUCGUACGGGGAACGCAUUUUGUAACUUUUCGUGGAUUAGGGGAUCUAGUUGGUAUAAAAAAAAGGAAAACAUCUUCGUCGUUUAAUAGCACAAAAUUGACGAACGUUCUGUUCGCGUUCGCAUUCAUUCCACAACGAAAAAUCUCAACGCCAUUAAUGACGGUCAUUAGCAUAUUGUAG